AUGCUCAUCUUCCAGCUGGCCGACGACUACGAUCUGGACGCGCUCUCAAGCCUGCUCAAGACAGCCUACCGCGCGUUCAAGAACCGGACGCCAGGGGCCGGCUGCGAGGCCCUCCCGCUCGGGGGGGACCAAGCCGGGCUCGUGCAGCUGCGCCACUACGGCGACGAGAUUGAGGACUUUGUUGAUCAAGGACCUGCGCGAACUCCUUUGCCUCCCCUGACGGCCGAGACGUGUCUGCGUGGUGCUGGAGGCGAGUGGCCGCGGGCUGGUGACCGCAUCAACGUGCUGAUGAUGCAGGCCAACUUUAUUCGCGGCGGCCUGAUCCUCAACCAGCUCGUCUUCCACGCCUAUGCCGACGGCACGACCGCCUACAAGUUCACCGACAUCCUGGGCGAGGAGGUGCGUCGCGCCCAAGGCAUCCCCAUCACCCACCCGGUCGAGAUCCCGUGGGAAGACCGGUCCAAGUUGAUGCAGGCCAGUCUGAACGUCUCGGGCCCUGGUUUUGGCCGCACUGCCAGCCACCCGGAGUUCACCGAGCUGCCCUUCACUCCCGAGGGUGUGCCGCCCAGUUUGACAGAGGGUGGUCAUGUCGGCCACGUCUUUUACUUCUCGCCCCAGAAGAUCAAGAUCCUCAAGGCUCUGGCUGCACCUGCCAACGCCCACGUCUUCAAGGGCGCUGCCGCCGGCAUCACCCACGUUUCCACCAACGACGUGCUCACGGCCCUCAUGUGGCGCAGCGUCUUGCGCGCUCAGCAUCCGUCUGGAUCGCGCGACGACAAGACGACCGACGCGGAGCCCUGCAUCCUUGGCGUCGCUGUCGAUGGCCGCCGGCGAGCCGGUGUCUCGGUUCACAAGCAUACCAUCGGCAACAUCAUCGGCUUUGCCCCCGUCAUACUCGACCUCAAGACUGUCCGCAAGGCCACCAUCGCCGACCUCGCCAUCAGCAUCCGGAGCGCUGUGGCCAAGUCUCAGGCUCCCUACAUGGACUCUCUCACCCACAUGAUCGGCCAGCUGGGCGACGUCAGCCGCCUGACACCCACCAUGUUUCUCGACAUGCCCGGCCGCAAUAUGCUCAUGUCGUCCUGGGCCGAGUUUUCCCCUUUUACGACAUCGAAUGGGGCCCGGCUCUGGGCAACCAUAUAA